AUGGCCGAUCAUACGUUGGAGAUACCUGAGAUCAUCCAAACAGCCUCAAUUCAACGUCAUCCCUCCGCAGCUCACGACAUCAAUCCUUCCACCGCGGCCUCGGAGAAACACCCCGUGGUCGCUGCCCCAGCUUCGGAAGCUGGUAGCCUUGCCUCGGACAUUGUCGAUGAACACCGGGUAAUUCGACCCCUUCGCCGACACCAGACUCUCCCUCCACUCCCGGACCUUCGUUUCGAGCAGAGCUAUCUAGCUAGCUUGAAGGAUGCUGACACCUGGGGGCGGGUGGCGUGGAUUACCGUGAGAGACCAGGUCCUUCUUCCACUUAUCCAAGGUACCGUCUGGACUCUUGCGCUCUCCGGUUGGAAGUUCUGGAACCGCAACGCCUCUCUCAGUGGACAAACGGUUGGCAGUCGGAUUCGCAGAUGGUGGUAUGAUGUCAAUAACUGGAAACUUCCACCCAAGUGGACAAAGAACCCACGUGUUGCAUCGCAAGUUGAAGAAUUUUUGAAGUUCUACGAGGCCCAGUUUUCCAAUGCUGGUUCGGAUUGA